AUGCUGACGAUUCGACUUACAAGAUAUAGGACUCUAGUAUCUAGCAGGAACUCUUCAUAUGUGAUCCCUACACUCACCUCAUCAUCAUCGUCAUUCUCAACAAAAUCAUCAGCCUCAGCUUCAGCCUCAGCCUCAGACAACCAUGUUGGUGAUGAUGACAUAGAUAGCGAAGCAUUGGGACAAGGCAAACACUUUAAUAUACAUAAACCAGUAUUGUUGAAACAGGUCAUUGAUAGGCUACACUUGAAAUCAGGUGCUUGCUAUAUCGAUGCUACGUUUGGUUUGGGUGGACAUAGUACUAGUAUACUGGAUACAUGUCCAGACUGCUUUGUGAUCGGUAUCGAUCGAGACCCCAACGUGUUUAACCUUACCAAGCAACUGCGACAACGAUACAAAGACAGACUGAUCACUGUACAAGGACCAUUCAGUGAGCUCUCCACCCUACUCAAAGAGAACAACUUACAUACCAUCCCCAUCAGCGGCAUUCUCUUUGACUUUGGCGUAUCAUCCUAUCAACUUGACAGUGCAGAGCGUGGCUUCUCAUUCAGGAAGGACUUGGAUGGACCCUUGGACAUGAGGAUGGACAAUCAGUCAAGUAGGCUAUCCGCAUAUGAAAUUGUUAAUGGCUUCAACAACAGACAGUUAAGAGACAUUAUGUAUUAUUAUGGCGAGGAACGACACACAAAGAAGGUGGCAGAGGAGAUCAUACGAAGAAGAAGUAUCGCGCCUAUUGCGACGACUAAUCAAUUGGUGGAGAUCAUAGAGAGUUGUAUACCAUAUCCCGCGGCAUUAAAGUCCAUCUCUAGGAUCUUCCGAUCACUUAGGAUGUAUGUUAAUGACGAGACGGGCGAGGUACGCAAAGGACUACUCGAAGCCGAGAAGAUAUUACAACCAAAUGGUCAUCUGGUGGCUAUCUCCUUCCAUUCGAUCGAAGAUCGUAUUGUCAAGCGAUUCCUAAAGAAUCGCAAGUCUGCCUCGUUUGACUUUGUGGACGGAAGUGAUCCAGUCUACGCCGACGAACAAGAGAUUGAAUGGAAUGCAAGAUCAAAGCCGGCUGUCCUACGCAGUGCCAUGAGGACACAAAAGCCUGUGGCCAACAGCAAAGAAGUGGACGGAGACGAAGACGACCAGCUUGUAUUCAAGUGGUAA